AAAAAAAAAAAAAAAGAAAAAAGAAAAAAAAAACACAGAGAGCGAGAGAGAGUGUGAGAGAUAGAACAAAAUAAACUAGGGCUCCGAAGUUGCAGAAAAAAGCUUUACCUUAUCGUCGUCGUGAACUACUUUUACACUCUCUCUCUCACUCGCUCACUCUCGCUCUACACAGUUGUAGGGAUAUGUCUUCUGACACUGCAAAGGAGAAUGCUUCUGUAGUUGAUUCAUCAGUGACUGAAUGGAAACAAGACAUGGGAAAUUCAGAUGAUCCAGAGAGUUCUAGUUACAAAGUGAAUGAGGAUGGCUAUCCAUCUAGGGAAGAUAAAGUGCGGAACUCCCAUGAUCCUCUGGGAAAGUCAACCACUAGCAAAAAGGGUAAAUUGUAUAAUACAAGAUAUUUCAUCAUUAAGAGUUUGAACCACGAUAAUAUCCAACGAUCGAUUGAGAAAGGAAUUUGGGCAACUCAGGUCAUGAAUGAACCAAUUCUGGAAGAGGCCUUUCUUAACUCUGGUAAAGUAAUUCUUAUAUUUAGUGUAAACAUGAGUGGUUUCUUCCAAGGGUAUGCCCAAAUGAUGUCUUCUGUUGGGUGGAGGCGAGACAAUGUUUGGAAUCAAGGGAGUGGAAAAAGCAAUCCCUGGGGGCGCAGUUUUAAGGUCAAGUGGCUGCAGUUAAAUGAUUUGCCUUUUCAAAAGACUCUUCACCUCAGGAAUCCAUUGAAUGACUACAAACCUGUCAAAAUUAGCAGAGAUUGCCAGGAGUUAUCUCCAGAUAUUGGAGAAGCUCUUUGUGAGCUCCUUGAUGGGAAGAGUGACGUGGAUGACUCGCUGAGUAGUUUUUACAGGGAUGAUAUUCCUUCCAAAAGGCCUUGUGUAGAUUCUCCAUGUUCUUUAGGAAAUGAAGAGUAUAAUGUGCCUCUAGGGCAUAUGCCAUGGUCCAGAACACCUAUGCUUUAUCCUUCAUUGCUCUACCCACAUCAGCCUGAAGCAAAUAGAUUUCAUUUAGGAUACCAGAGUUCCACAGGGGUUAUGUUUCCUAACAAUCCACCUAUUACCACUGGAUCAUCACAAGUUGAUGGAACAAAAUGUUCUCGCAUUAAUGGAGACCCCUCUAAUUUACAAGUGGAUGUGGAUAUGUCUUCUCGAUAUGAAGUUUGGGGUUUGUCAGCAGAAAGCCCAUUUACAAGUACUCUGACUGAUGAUGAUUUUCUUGAAAUGUCUUAUGAAGAAUAUCUGGAUGCCCAUAGCAGAAGCAACAAACAGUUAUGCCUCCCUGUGGCCGGACCAUCUAGGAAAACACAGGAAUCAUCAAGAAGUAAAAAGCAUGAUGAAGAUUUAAACUCAAGCUGUAUAGCUGAUCAGUGUUCCUCACGUAAGAGGACUCAUCAUUCAUCCCAGAAAUAAUCGUAUCUUGGACAGUGGAAGCUUCCCUUGGUUUUUUCCGGAUGGUGUUGGUGAUUUUAGGAGAGUUUCGCCAUUAUCCUGCAAGGAAUGAGACUGCAAUUUAUUCUAAGCUCUGGGACUCAUUAUGUUGUCGUGUUGUAUACAGUUGUAUCUUACCAUAAAAUCUCAAUACUGAACUUUACUGGGGCCUGGUUAACAACUUGUACAUAAAUUGAGGCAACAUUGGCCCAACUUAUCUCUUUUUUUUUUUUUUUUUUUUUGAUUUGAUAUUUUACCCUUUUCUUGAUAGAGUUUAGGAAGAUGCAUAGGUUAGGUGGUACAAACCUAGAUUUUGAUACAUGUAAUUUGGUUGGGCAUGUAAACAUUAUCUGAUCGUAGUGGUAGAAUAUGGUAACGUGAAAUCAUAAAUUUCAGUGUUGCCUGGAAUAAAAGUAGUAGAUAGUGGAAAUUGGUAUA